AUGAACUUGCGACCAUACCGCAUAAGAAAAGACAAAAAAGGGAGAAGAUACGUGAUUAAGAAAGGUAAGAAGUAUUACAUUAAGUCAAAGAAGACCGACAAGGAAAUCAUGAGAUCAUUAAUCAAAGAACUCAAGCGUGCUUCCACUUCCCACACACCUAUCAUUAGAGAUUCAUCAAUAAGGUCAAUCUCACCUGAUAGUGCUGGAGCGACGUUACGCUCUGACUAUAUCAGAAACAUACAAGAUUCAAACUUUAAAGAAUCAUUGAUGAAAGAAUCAAAGGUUGCAGCAGAGAAUCUGCGCUUCGCACCAAUGGCAAUUUUAGAUAAACACCCCCUUCUACAACAGCGUGGCGUGCAACAAGAGGCACUUGAACAACAAAUACCUCAACACUUAUUAAAAUACUUGACCAAUCAAUUUGAUGAUAUUAAAGGUGCAAUGAUAAGGAAAUUAAAAGAAGAUGAAAGUGACAAGAUAUCUUGA